UAUUAUUGUUAUUUCGAUGUCAACAUUUCAUAAGGGCACAUAACCCAAUGAGAGUUUCUCUUUGUUUACUUUCUCUUUUGUGAAUAUCUCCUUAAUUUUCACGUGUACCUACAAAGUAUUCGUGUAGAAUGAAAGACAAUAUCCCUAUGUUUCCAACAGCACCAAAUAUGUAACGAACGUUUGUAUAAUAACGCAGAUAUAGUCGAAAGAGAAUCUGUCAAUUGUUUUUAGGCCCUUUUGAAAUGUUGAAGUCGAUUUUUAUUAUUAGGACAAUAAUGUCGUUUUCGCUUAAUACCAAACUUAACCCAGUUUUCGCCCUAACUGCUAGCAAACCGAUUGUUUGAAGCUGAAGCUGAAAAUCGAGUCGGUUUCAAACUUGUUUUUUAUAUAACCCCCGUAAGUGCGAACCAAUAGUUUCGUGAAAAGUGUUUGUUUGAUGAAACUACCCUGGGGCAGACAUCAAAAUGUUAUUUGAAAAUUGAGAGCCUAAAACACAAGUAAUACUUCGUAAAAAUCUGCAUUCAGUGAAUCAGAUAGAAAAAUGGCUAGAUUGAGCAAUGUGCGUGUGAAACUUUGUGAUCAAAUUUUGCUGCAUAAACUGCACGUACUGAACAAUGCAGUGGUCCGAAAAGGAAUAACCGAGGGGGAGAUGGAGGAAGCCUUCAAACGAUCCAUCGACUAUCGACCCAGUCGACUGACCUGGACCCAGUGGAACGACGGUACAUUGUCCAUACUAUACAGUGUGAUAUUUUUGAUAGCACUGUUUAUUUUAACUCCGUUCCUGGCAUCGUUCCUCGAAGUUAUUCUGGGUACUAGAUGUAUUGUUCCAAACAAUUAUCUUGUUUGGGAAGCGACUCGACCAUUGUCGGAUUGUAGUUAUUGCAGAGGAGUACAAGGUCCGAUAAUUUUGGCCAACUUAUCCCGUGAAGAAUUCAAACCGUACGCGUAUUCCUCAAGACCGAUUAUUAUAAAAAAUGCGAUAUCUCACUGGCCUGCUGCGACACUACUGAACUUUACUUUUUUGAAAGACCUCUACUAUAAGCAUCCAUCGGCUUUGGACAGCUUGCACGAAGACUGUCAGUUUUUACACUUCAAAUCAAAUUUCCAAACUCUCAAGGAUGUAUUCCGCAUGUCAGAGGAAUUUCAAAAAGGUAUUAAACCGUGGUAUGUUGGUUGGAGUAACUGCAAUCCGGCUAUUUUGGCUGAACUAAGGAAAUUAUACCCGAAGCCGCACUUCCUACCGGAAGACGCUGAAAUGCCUAACACAGAUUUCGUAUUUCUGGGAUACGAACAAGGAGCAGUUAUGCAUAUCGAUUACAUUCCACGUUUAAUGUGGCAAGCUCAGCUCCGAGGGAAUAAGAGUUGGAUACUCGCUCCGACGCCUGAGUGUGACGAUGAAUGUCGAAGCUUCAGUUUUUACGUGGAACCAGGGGAUGCUUUAUUGGUUGACACUCGGUUAUGGUAUCACGGAACGUUCAUCUACAAAGGAGAGUUCUCACUAACGAUUCAGUCGGAGUAUGGUUGAAAACGGCAUAUUAAAGAAUAUUUAAAUUUAGAUGUAACUAUUUAUAUUGUUGAUUGAUUAUGUUGAAUGUGUAUGUGCUUUACCAAUAACUAGAGUGCCAUUUCAUUUUACGUUUUGUUAUAAACGCA